UCAGGCAUGUCUUGCGAACAUCGCGUCAGCGCAUGAAAUCGUGCGAGACAAAUAUCUCGUGGUAUCUAAAGAAACGUGAUAUAGGUUGUGGUUUGUCAAAAAUAUCGUAAAAUUGCAUAACGCGCGACUAGACCGAUAGCGCAGGACAUUAAUACUCUUUAACGUUUUUUAUGAUCCGACCAUUAUACAUUUCUAGUGGUAAGAAUGCGCGUUUCUCCGUGAUAAAUAACAUCGCGAUACCGAUCGGCUUUGCAAUCGAAUCUGAGGCUACAGAUUUAAGCUUGAAAUAUAUUUGAAGAUAAAAUAAAUCAGUAUAUCUAGAAUAAUUCAAUAUAUCUAAAAAAAGAGAAUAUUCUUGUUUUUCGGAUAUUAACUUGUAAAAGACAAUGUGCGAAGUCGAGAAAAUCCUUCAGGAUGAGCAAUGUUUUGAAAUAAUUCGCAAGAAAUUGCAACAAGAGGCGAUGGACGACUUCUCAUUAAUAAAUUAUGAAAUCGUGCCGAUAAAUGAGGUAAAUGGUUACAUGGGUCAAUACUUCACAUUGAAAGCGAUUGUAGCGAAGUCACCGUUUGAGACGAAGAGCAUCAAUUUCUUCACCAAGAUACCACCACCGAUCAACAGUCCGAUGUACGACUAUUCUCAGUUAUAUGGUACAUUCAAGAAGGAAGUGGCUCUCUAUACCACUGUAUUUCCGGAGAUGUUGAAUAUGAACGAUCUCGAUAAGAGAUACAUUCCAGAAUGCUUCCUCGGGAUCGAAAACGACGUUAUCGUCCUCGAGGAUAUGGCUCACAAUGGUUAUACGAUGACUGACAAGUUCACGCCUUUCGAUUUCGAGCACUGCGAGAUCCUGAUGAAGACGCUCGCCAAGUUCCAUGCAAAGUCCUUCAUCUUUGAACAACAAUACAAGAAAACUUUGCACGACGAAUUCUCUCACUGCAUGCAGGAAACCCUCUGGCCUGCGGAUGACAGAGCGAAGGCGAUGUUCGAUGCUUCCGUAAAAGGCAUUGUCUCAAUGAUCGAUUUAUUGCCCAGAUUGAACGAUGAUCAGCGCAGUAAUUUCAAGGAGAAAAUCGUGAAAUUGUGCGUAGAUCACAUGGACAAACUAUCGCCGUCGAUAAAACAUAAAAAUGUACUGUGCCAUGGUGAUCUAUGGGCGAACAAUAUACUGUUUAAAUAUGAUGCCGAUAAGAAACCUAUUGAAUGCUGCCUCAUUGACUUCCAACUGGCAAGAUACAAUCCACCAGCACACGACAUAUUGUGCUUCCUUCAAUUCACGACAACACGAAAGCUACGAGAGAAACAUAAUGAGACGCUUUUCAGAAUCUAUUAUGAUUCGAUGGCGAUCGUCAUGAAGGAGGCUGAUCUGAAUAUAUCAGAUAUUUUUUCUUGGGACGAAUUUGUCGAGUCUAUCCAAGAUUUACGCAUUAUGUGCAUAAUUCAUGGUAUCCUCAAUACACCGAUCAUGUUGCUGAAGCCUGAGGCAGCCAGUAAAUAUUUUAGCGAGGAGCCGGAGCACCUUGAGAAUAUUUUGUAUGUUGAUAGAACGCCUCUUAUUUGCGGACAAUUCAAGGAAGUACCGGAAUAUCGUGCCCGUAUGAUAGACGGCCUACUAGAAUUGUACGAUUACAUAAUUGAUAACAAUUACACGAUGCAAUAAUCAAACCGUAACGAGUAAAAUAUCACAUAGUUCACUAUUCAAGUGUAGUUUAGGAGUAUAAAAUUCGGAAUAAGUAAUGGAAUCAAUUUAAGAUUAAUCAAUAUAAAAAUCUGAUAU